AACUGUUAAGUUCACCCCCAAGAGCAAACUGGUAAAGCUGUGAAAAAAUCUUUCUAAUAUUGUAACAGUUUACCGGUAACUCUGAUGUCUCCAAUUAUUUUCAAAUUAGUUAAUCAAUCACGUUUUCAACAUCUUGGUAAAAGUGUCAAUCCUCAGGUAUAUGGUUGGACUAGAUGUUUAUUAAGUAGACAAUAUUUUCACGUCCAAAGGCAACACAAUCUUUUAGGGAAACAGCUCAAGUGUGCAUGUUAUUCCAGCGUGGGACAAGGAGGUGGUAGAUUUAACAACCCAUUACUCAAUAAAAUUGAAAGACUUUUGGACCGUUUGCAAGCUCGUUGGUUAUAUUUUCGUUAUGAGGGUUCCUUUGGUCCACCAGAAAGUGUUAGUGUCAAACAAAAGCGAAAACUGAGGGCUCUCUCUCUCUCUUUGGGUUUCAUUCUGCUUAUCGUUUAUGCUAUAGGAAGAAAUUUCAACCCUCACGCAAAAUAUCCAGUGUUUUUAGGAGUCAAGCUUUGGCCUGAUAAUAUUGAAGAGUAUCGAGAUAUUUUGGAUGCUACAUCGAGUAAAAGACCACCGCGUUCACCAUCACCAUCAACCAAAACAACAACAACAUAAAAGCAGCUCGACCAGAUACCUACAAUAAUGAUUGUCAGCGUUUUAUUUUAAAAUUUAUUUCUUAUUCUUGUAGUAGAUGUUUUUGUAGCUAAUCUGCUGUCUAUGAUUAAUUAAAGUUACAAGGUUGUGCCAUUAAAAGAUAUAUAUAAAUAAUUAUAUAUAUUUUCUGUUUUGGGUAACCCUAAGUUUUAUAUAACAUAAGUUUAAUAUAACCUACAAUUGAUAACAAACAUGGUUCAAACAACGGUUUCUCCAGCUUCUUCUGCCACAUCUCAACCUCGUCCCAAAGCAGCCAUUAAGGGUAUCGUAGCAGGUGGAAUCACUGGAGCCAUUGAGAUUUGUAUUACAUUUCCAACUGAGUAUGUUAAAACUCAAUUACAGCUUGAUGAAAGAUCAGCUAAACCCAGAUACAAUGGAAUUGUCGAUGUAGUCCGUCAAACGGUCCGAAGUCAUGGUGUUCCUGGUUUAUAUCGUGGUUUAUCAGUUUUACUUUAUGGUAGUAUACCAAAAUCAGCUGUCAGGUUCGGAGCCUUUGAAGAGCUUAAGAAGAGAAAUGUUGAUUCUAAAGGAAAUCUUGGUGUAUCUCAAAGACUCUUAUGUGGUCUUGGUGCUGGUGUUUGUGAAGCUAUACUUGCUGUUACCCCCAUGGAAACAGUUAAAGUCAAAUUCAUUAAUGAUCAACAGAGUCUUAAGCCUAAAUACAAAGGUUUCUUCCAUGGAGUUGGGUGCAUUGUUAAAGAAGAAGGCAUAAAAGGAACUUAUCAAGGUUUAACUGCCACAAUAAUGAAGCAAGGAAGUAAUCAAGCCAUUCGUUUCUUCGUCAUGGAAACUAUGAAAGAUUGGUAUAGAGGCGGUGAUUCCAGUAAACCGGUGAAUAAACUCGUUACAGGAUGUUUUGGUGUUGUUGCUGGCGCUGCAAGUGUCUUUGGUAAUACACCAAUUGAUGUAGUCAAAACUCGUAUGCAGGGUUUGGAAGCUAAGAAGUACAAAAACACAUUCGAUUGUUUUAUGCAAAUUGCAAAAAAUGAAGGAUUUUUUGCUUUUUAUAAGGGAACAGUUCCAAGGCUUGGACGUGUUUGCCUUGAUGUAGCCAUAACAUUCAUGAUUUAUGACAGUUUUAUGGAGCUGUUUCAAAAAGUUUGGAAGUAAUAUCUCGGUGAUUAGUGUUAAGCUUAAUAACUCCACGAUAUUUUUUAGCAAUUACCAUCGCUUUUUGUUUUCUCUUUUUUGUUCUUCUUUCUUGCUGAGAAUAAUGCUGUCAGUAUGACACUUUUUCCGUUUCCUCUUGCUCUCUGGUAUUUUAUGGUGGAUAACAAAACAUGUCAGAUCUAUUCUUAAGAGGAAAGAGUUUAUUGUUGUUUAUUAUCCUAUUAGCGCUAUUUCAAUAAUGUUGUUUCCAUUCUUUUCAUUCUCACCCAGAUUUUUCAUUCUCUAUGUCACAACCUUUGUUACGGAUUUUUGUUCAGUUUUUGCAGAUUAAGAGAUAGUUCAUCAAAAUUUGAGAACAUUAUAACAUAUUAUUACAAUCGGUAUAACAAAAAAGAAAAUAUUUAAGCUGUUAUUAUUCAAAUCAAAAAUAAAUUAAUUAAAUACACAUCAAC